AUGACAAAAGAGGUCAUUUUCCAACAAGAUGGUGCUCCGGUACAUUUCUCAAAGGCAGUUCGUUCGUGGCUCAACAACAAGUUCUCUGGUCGAUGGAUUGGAAGAGAACAAGAUCCAUAUUUGAACAUUCGACUUAUGGAUGUCAAAAUUAAAGAAUUGCCAGAAAACUAUGUUGAUAAUUUAGAAAAAGUGCUCGAUAAAGAAUUAAAUUAUAUUAGUAAGAAAAAAGGUCAUCCAUGUCAAAAAAUUGAUUUUUUUCAACAAGAUGGUUAUCCUUUGCAAGAGGGAAGAUUCAUGGAUAUUAAAAUACGAGGAGCGUGCACCGAUGAAGAUACUAGCAAGGUAUAUCCGAUUGAAAAAGCAACUAUAAUUGGUAAGUAUUGCUUUUCUUUUAAAGAAAAAUUGAUCUUUUUUCUAAUCUCAAAUAUCAUAACGUGUAACAAAUGACACUACAAUCUAAACAUCAUUGUUUGAUGUGAAACGUUUUGAUCCCACGUCUUGCAGAAAGAGAAAAUCUGCACAAGUUCUUUAAAGAUUUUUUUUCUUGAAAAUUCUUGAUCAAGAUCUUGAUCAAGAUUUAUUGAUACCUGUGCACUUGAUGUCCUUGGAAAAACUUGAUCAAGAUCUUGAUCUAGAUUUACUACGGUUUCAAGUCCGAUGUAUCUUGAGAAUUCUGUAUCAAGAUCUUGUUGUUGUCUCUAUCACCGUUUUUGUUUUGUAGUGUCUGUAUAUAUAUAUAAAAGCGUCCGCACUGUAAAAUAUUGACAAAUCUUUAAGUAUAUUAUGGACAUAACGUUCAACUAAACAGCUUCGGUAGUGUCUGAACGGUACCGUAAGAGCUGUGAAUUGUGCAGUACUGUUCGUACAGUGCAGUACUGCAGAGCGAGCGCAAUAGAAUACA